AUGGUCGCUUUAACACGAAUAUAUAAGGUAACUAUCUCACGUCGUUCAUAUCUGUCUACCUACCCACUUAUCUAUCUAUCUAUCUAUCUAUCUAUCUAUCUAUCUAUCUUAUGUACUCGCUCGCAUAAUACGCGAAUAUAUACGGUAUCUAUCUCACGUUGUUCAUAUCUAUCUAUCUAUCUAUCUAUCUAUCUAUCUAUCUCAUGUUGUUCAUAUGUAUGUAUGUAUGUAUCUAUCUAUCUAUCUAUUUAUCUCUCUAUCUCACGUUGUUCAUAUCUAUCUAUCUCACGUUGUCCAUAUGUAUUUAUCUAUGUAUCUAUCUCACGUUAUUCAUUAUCUAUAUAUCUAUCUAUCUCACGUUGUUCAUAUCUAUCUAUCUCACGUUGUCCAUAUGUAUUUAUCUAUGUAUCUAUUUCACGUUAUUCAUUAUCUAUAUAUCUAUCUAUCUCACGUUGUUCAUAUCUAUCUAUCUCUAUCUAUCUAUUUAUCUUACACAUGUUGUUCAUAUGUAUUUAUCUAUGUAUGUAUGUAUGUAUCUAUCUAUCUAUCUCGCGUUUUUCAUAUCUAUCUAUCUAUCUCACGUUGUUCACAUCUAUCUAUCUAUCUAUCUAUCUAUCUAUCUAUCUAUCUCACGUUGUUCAUAUCUAUCUAUGUAUCUAUCUCACGUUGUUCAUAUGUAUCUAUCUAUCUAUCUUUCUAUCUCACAUGGUUCAUAUCUAUCUAUCCAUCUCACGUUGUUCAUAUAUAUCUAUCUCUAUCUAUCUAUGGAUCUAUCUCAUGUUGUUCAUAUGUAUGUAUGUAUGUAUGUAUCUAUCUAUCUAUCUAUCUAUCUAUCUAUCUAUCUCACGUUGUUCAUAUCUAUCUAUCUCACGUUGUUUACAUCUGUCUAUCUCACGUUGUUCAUAUCUAUCUAUCUAG